CCGUAAGCUGCGCACAGAGAUAAGAAGUGUUGGGAGAGAGGUAACUCACACCACCCAAAGCAACAGCAAUCAUGUCAGACCUCUGUGUUGGAAUCAAUGGCUUUGGCCGUAUUGGCCGCUUGGUUUUGAGGGCUUGCCUUCAGAAGGGUAUCAAGGUUGUGGCCAUCAACGACCCUUUCAUUGACCUCCAGUACAUGGUCUACAUGUUCAAGUAUGACUCCACACAUGGCCGUCACAAAGGAGAAGUCUACCAUGACGGCACAAAACUGUUUGUGGAUGGUCAGGCCAUCAGUGUCUUUCAGUAUAGGGUGCCAGCCGAAAUCCCAUGGGGUCAAGCUGGGGCCAAGUAUGUCGUUGAGUCCACUGGUGUAUUCCUGAGUGUGGAGAAGGCCUCUGCCCACAUCCAGGGUGGGGCUCAGCGUGUGGUGGUGUCUGCCCCCUCUCCUGAUGCUCCCAUGUUUGUCAUGGGAGUAAAUGAGGACAAAUAUGACCCAUCCUCUAUGACCAUUGUCAGCAAUGCCUCUUGCACCACCAACUGCCUGGCUCCUCUGGCCAAAGUGAUCCAUGAUAACUUUGGCAUUGAGGAGGCUCUUAUGACCACAGUGCAUGCAUACACAGCCACUCAGAAGACUGUGGACGGUCCCAGUGGAAAAGCCUGGCGUGACGGCCGUGGGGCUCAUCAGAACAUCAUCCCCGCCUCAACUGGAGCUGCUAAAGCUGUAGGCAAAGUCAUUCCCGAACUCAAUGGCAAGCUGACCGGCAUGGCAUUCAGAGUGCCAGUGGCCGAUGUGUCCGUGGUGGACCUCACCUGUCGUCUGACCAAACCUGCGUCCUACGCUGAGAUCAAGGAGGCUGUGAAGAAGGCCGCCCACGGGCCUCUGCAUGGAGUCCUAGGAUACACUGACGACCAGGUGGUGUCCUCUGACUUCAUUGGUGACACUCACUCCUCCAUCUUUGAUGCUGGUGCUGGAAUCUCUCUCAAUGACAACUUUGUCAAACUUAUUUCUUGGUAUGAUAAUGAGUUUGGCUACAGCCACCGUGUUGCUGACCUGCUGCUCUACAUGUAUUCAAAGGAGUAGAUAGUUUGACAGGGAAAUUUAGAAAAGGGACCACCCAAAAAUUUUUGCCCAUCUCCCUACUCUUUUAAACCUGCCCCACCCAUAGCACAGAUAUAGCAUCACAGUUAUAGCUCUACUAUUGUAAAAGUAGGCUGCGGCACCAGUGUUUUUGAGUGUUCUCAGUUAAUGUCUUGUUCCUUUAAGAGACAAUGAGUUAAGUGACGGUGUUUGUGUCCGUGUGCUCCUCCUACUGCCACUAGAUGUGUCGUCAUGGAAACUAUGAAACUGCUGUAUCCAUCUUCCUGUUGGUGCGUUUUAAUAGCUUAUCACAGACAGAAGGAGGAUGAGAGCGAUUGUAAUGCUUAAGAGUAACAAAUCAGAAAUAAAAA